AUGGCCGUUCUUCAGACCUACAAGGAGUUGUACGCUUUUCGAAAACAUUAUAUCUUCUUUAUAUGCACUACUUUUUUGAUAAGCAAGAUAUCAACGUGGGUCCGCUGCGCGGACCGAGCUGACACUCGGAAGCAGCUUGGCCGCUAGUUUUUUCUUCUAACCGUUCGAAAAUUCACGUGUUGAUUUCUAAUUUUGUCCGUCACAACGUUUUCCGUUUUAGAAGUGAAACGUAUGCGGACAAACCUUGCAAGAAACAAAAAAAAAACAAAUAAGUAAACAAAGGGACAGGCUCCUCAAGACUUUUAUUAAUAAGAAUGAUAUUAUUUUGCAGCCAACGCUUGACUCCCAAGUUCUGGUGGGACUUCGGUCUCCAUGAUAUGCCACUCGGAGUGUUUCGCGCAGUCAUCAAGAAGCAGUUCACCAAGAAUGGAAAUCUGACUGAUGUUCGCGUCAUCGACCGACUUGUUGGGGAGACGCAUCAAGUGAGCGAUAUAAUUCCAAAAUUCCAAAUUUAACGCUUUUUUUUAGCACAUGAAGUCUAUUCGCUACGCGUUUUACAACCCCGAUCACGUUCGCAACUACUUGUUCGCCGAAAACGUCGAAGCCAAGCCGAAAGACUUCCUGUCAAAGUUCCUCAACGGAAAGGAGUAA